AUGGCAGAUUAUGAGUCUUUGCACAGGCAGUGCCGCACUCUGGAGUCUUUAUUCGACACAAAACUUACGUCUUACUCCCGCCUAGCGGCAACAAUGACAAGAAACCAAGAUGACAUCGAGGCGGGAGGCUCGCGCGAACGCUGGAAAGACGUCGAAGGCGAAGUUGAAGACCUCCUGGAGAAGCUACGAGAAACAAAUGAUGAAUUACUCGCGCUCUCAAACAACCCAGAUACACCACCCUCACAAUCCAUGUCCCGAGCAAUCCAGAGACAUAGUGAGGUCUAUCAGGACUAUGCCAAGGAGCUGCGCAGGACAAAGACAAAUGUCCAGCAUGCGCUUGACAAAGUAAACUUACUUUCGGGCGUUCGAAAUGACAUCGAGGCGUACAAAUCUUCCGCGACAGACUCACUACUGGCAGAAAGAGGGAGAAUUGACAGCUCCCAUUCGAUGACAGACCAGAUUCUCGACCAAGCAUAUGAAACUCGGGCAGAAUUCUCGCGUCAAAGCGUGUCGUUGGCUAGUAUAAACACGCGCAUGACUGGUGUCAUAAGUACGAUACCUGGCAUUAACAAUCUCCUUUCCAUGAUCAAGAGUCGACGGCGGAGAGACUCUAUUAUCCUUGGCAUUCUUAUUGGAGGAUGCUUACUCCUGCUCAUAAGCUACAUGUCGCGGUGA